CACAUCUAUAAAUACAACAUCGUAGCCUAGUCUUUUGCAUGUCAACGUGGUUCAAAUCCGUCACGUAAAGAUCCUCACACAGAACAUUACUUUCACACCCGCAAAUCAAUACAUAUAGAGAGAGAAACAACUAUAUCGAGAGAGAGAGAGGAAAUAGUAACCCUGCAAUAUGGGUCCGAAGAAGAUUUUGGUUCUAGUGAGCUACGUCGUCGUUUUGCUCCUCGCUGGCGGCGGCGGCGGCAUCGUGUCCGGUUGUCCUGCGUCGGAUAGAGCGGCGCUGCUAGCUUUCCGGUCUGCUCUCCACGAGCCGUACAUUGGAGUUUUCAACACGUGGAAGGGCUCAGAUUGCUGCCAUGGAUGGUACGGCGUGAGCUGCGACCCGAAAACCCACCGGGUUGCCGACAUAACUCUCCGUGGAGAAUUCGAGGACCCAAUCCUCCAGCGACCUCGUCGGCCUAGAUUCAUGACCGGAAUCAUCUCGCCGGAGAUUUGCAAGCUGACCAGUCUCUCCAGCAUCAUCAUCGCUGACUGGAAAGGAAUCUCCGGCGAGAUUCCCAAGUGCGUGACGAAUCUCCCUUUCCUGAGAAUCCUCGAUAUCACCGGUAACAGAAUAUCCGGAGAGAUUCCAGCGAGGAUUGGGCAGUUGAAGAGGUUGUCGGUGCUGAAUCUCGCCGACAAUCAGAUAUCGGGUCGGAUGCCCGAGUCGAUCACGGGACUAACGGGUCUGAUGCACUUAGAUCUAAGAAACAACAAAAUCUCGGGAAAAAUCCCGCGAGAUAUCGGUCGCUUGAAGAUGUUGUCUCGCGCACUUCUCGGCGGGAACAAAAUAUCGGGUCAGAUACCCGAAUCCCUGACCCGGAUUUACCGUCUCGCAGAUUUGGAUCUCUCCAUGAACAGACUCACCGGCAACAUCACGGCGGCGCUAGGCAAAAUGGCGGUGCUGGGAACUCUAAAUCUCGACGGAAACCUACUCUCCGGCGAUAUUCCGUCGAGUCUGUUGACUUUAUCGGUCUCGAAUCUGAAUCUUAGCCGGAAUCUACUGACCGGGGAAAUCCCGAACGCGUUCGGGCCGAGAUCGUAUUUCACGGUGUUGGAUCUGUCAUACAAUCGUCUCCGGGGAAACAUCCCGACGAGUUUGAAGGCGGCGGCUUACGUCGGAGACUUGGAUCUGAGCCAUAACCAUCUCUGCGGAAAAAUCCCGGCGGGUCCGCCGUUCGAUCGCCUCGAAGCGGCGUCGUUGGAGUACAACAGUUGUCUAUGUGGGAAGCCGUUGAAGGCAUGUGGGAAAUAAAUAAUUAUUUUAAAAUAGAAAAAUCUCAAAAAAAAAAAAAAAUAUUGAGAUUUAAUCAUCACAUUCAUAUCAAAUUAUUUCGUUUUCAUAUUCACAAACAAGUAUUAAUUUUUA